AUGGCCGCGCCUAGGACAUAUAACAACAACCAAGGCUACAUGCAGAACGGUGGUGUCCCUCAGCCGGGAGCUGCUCCUCUUCUGCCGAACCAGGGCCGUGUCAUCCAGAAUGGUCCUAUGCGAGUUCUCUGCAUCGCUGAUGUCCGAGGUAACCUGCGAUCGCUCAACGACCUUGCCAAACAGGCCCGCGCCAACUACAUCAUCCACACUGGCGACUUCGGUUUCUACGAUGAUACAUCUCUCGAUAGGAUCGUCGAGAAGACGCUGAAGCACGUCGCCCAGUACUCUCCCCUCAUCCCAGAGCCCGUCAAGAAGGCCAUCCAACAAGGGGGACCUGGCCCCAUCAAGUCUCGAUUCCCCGCUAGCGACCUGCCUCUCUCCGAGCUCCCCUUGCUUCUUAGCGGCGAACUCAAGCUCGACGUGCCUGUUCACACUGUUUGGGGUGCCUGCGAAGAUGUUCGUGUCCUUGAAAAGUUUCGAUCCUCCGAAUACAAGGUCCACAAUCUCCACAUCAUUGAUGAGGCCAGAUCCAUGCUGCUAGAGAUUGGCGGCGUCAAGCUGCGUCUGCUGGGUCUCGGUGGUGCAGUUGUUAUGCACAAGCUCUUUGACAAUGGAGAGGGCCGCACCACCAUCGCCGGUGGACAGGGCACGAUGUGGACUACCCUUCUCCAAAUGGGUGAGCUGGUAGACACUGCUCACAGAGUUUACGAUCCGACCGAAACUCGCGUCUUCAUCACCCAUGCCUCUCCCGCUAGAGAGGGUAUUCUUAACCAGCUUUCCGUGGCACUGAAGGCCGAUUUCUCAGUCUCGGCUGGCCUUCAUUUCCGCUACGGAAGCUCUUACAACGAGUUCAGCGUCAACCCUACGCUUGACCACUACCGUGGCAAGCUCGCUGCCUCCAAGGCCUCCUUCAACGACGUUUGGGAAACUGUCAAGGGCGAGGUUGAGCCCGCCAUCGCUCAAAAUGAAGCUCAACAGAACCUCCUCAAGAACGCCCUCCAGAUUGUAGAAAAGAUGCCUACUACCGCCGCUGGCGGCAACCCCUUCGGCGGCCCGGUUAGUGGUCAUGCUGCCCUCGGACAGGUUGAUGAGAGCGCAUUUAAAAACAUGUGGAACUUCAACUUGGCCGAUGCCGCUUUUGGCUAUCUUGUUUUGGAGAUCCAAGACGGCCGUAUUGGCACAGAGAUGCGCGCUCAGGGUUUCAACUUUUCUCAUAGAGGAGCCAAGCAGCAGCCUGGCUCUGCCGCCAGUGCGCCCGUCACAUCAACCUCUGCCAGUGCCCCUACACCUCCUCCCGCUUCUGCAGCCCUCGCUUCUCGUCCGGCUCCCGAGAAACACGAGAAGCAUGAGAAGCAUGAGAAGCAGACCAAGGGUUCCACACCAGCCAAGCCGGCCACUCCUCAGCCCAACCAGAGCAACGCCAACAAGGACUCGGAGAAGACUCCUGCUUCAGCCAACGGCGGCCCUGAGCCUGUUAAUUCCCCACCUCCCAAGAUUGUCCCCUCCGAUAUCAUCGGUCUGUUCAUCAUGAAUGUCAGCACAGAGGAUCAGUGUCGCGAAUUGUUCAACAACGAGGACAAGGCGAAGAUUAUCAAGAUCGACAAGUGGGGUAGCUCGAACAAGGUUGUUCAGUUCAAGAACAUCAUCGAACGAGACACUGCCAUGAACAAUCUGCCAGACUCCGUCAAGACAAGGACCUCGGAGGACCGCAGCAAGCCCUGGGUUAAGAUCUUCCAGCCCCGAGAGACCAAGGUCAGUGCUCGUGGUGGUGCUGGAAACUGGGGCGGCAGUGGACGCGGCGGUGCCAGCGCCAGCGGAUACCGCAGUGCUGGAGGAGCCAGUGACUCUGAAAGCAACAUUCGCGGUGGGCGCGGUGGGCGCGGUGGUCGCGGCCGAGGCGGUGACCGCGGCCGAGGUGGUCGCGGCCGCGGAGGCAAGGGUGACGCUGGCACAUCCUCGCCCGCUGGCGCCGGCGCAGAGUAA